AAGUCACUCAAGUCUUUGGUUUUCUCCAGCUCACAACAAGCUUCAAAUCCAACCACCUACAAUCUCAACAUGAAAUUCGUCAUUGUUUUCGUCGCUCUUUUCGGUUUGGCUUUAGCCGCUCCUCCACAAAGUUCAUUGGAAGCUACCGUCCUCCGCUCUAUUGUCGAAGUUGGACCACAAAGCUACCAAUACGCUUCUGAAACCAGCGAUGGCAAGUCCGCCAGCGAAGACGGUCAUUUGGAGAACAUUGGAACAGAAGAAGAAGCUCUUGUUGUUAAGGGACAAUACAGCUACAUCGGAGACGAUGGUAUCACUUACUCUGUAAGCUACAUUGCCGACAAGAACGGUUUCCAACCACAAGGAGCUCAUUUGCCAGUUGCUCCAGUCGCCUAAGCUAUAGACUCCUGCCUAUUUGUUUAUCAUCCUAUCUACCUCUGUCUAUAUUUUUUAUCGGUUUUUCUGUCAUUUAACGAGAGAAUUUCCAGUGAUAAGAAUGUUGUUAACUAGUCUAAUACAAAUGCAAAAACAAUUCUAGAAGAAA